GAGGAAGAUCUGGCCGCACGUGGUUCCGGAGAGCCUGGUGCGGCGAGGAGAAGGAGCUGCUCAAGGAGCUGGUGAAGGAGAAUGCUGAGAAUGCAGCUGGAUGAUUCCAGUUCCGAAGAGGGUUCCCCGAGCCCCAAGAGCACCUGGGACACCCCUCAAGCCUGGACUCAGAAGCGACCCCACAGCAGCUCUGACUCGUCGGGGGGCCCCGAGGACACGGCAAGAAAGAAACAACGACUGGAUCAGGGCUCUGAGGCCAGUUCUGACGGGGAGGAUUCUGGGAUUGAUUCGAGGAAGCCAAAGGAGGAUGCUGGGAAAUCCAGGCACACGGGAGCACAUGAGGACGAAGGGGACUCGGGAGCAGAGGAGACACCUGACCGGGGUGGCGCCAGCAGAGAGAGCGACUCUGAAUGGACAGCCAGGAGUGAGGGACCGAAGCAGCCCCCACGGAGAAGAAAAGAGGGAGCUGAGGCGCAGGACCAGCUGGAGAAGAAGCGAGUGAGAGAGGCAGAGCAGAGGGGUGACUGUGGGGAGCAGAAGGGGAAAGCAAACGGGGGGAUCACAGCUCAGCCGGAGGAGGAAUCGGGGAGCGAAUCCCCAGUGGAGGAGGAGGAGUGUAAGUGGCAGAAGCGGACAGGGAGGACAGGACCGAGGAAGAUCAAGCAGAGGAGUGAUAGUGAGGAGGAGGGGGACAGCAAGAAAAAGGGAAGGAUGAAGGCUCGGGGGAAGGAAGUGGGGAGCGGCACCGAGGUGGAUGAGAUGUGUCAGAGCAGAAAAGGGGCAGGAAAGAAGGGAAGGAGGAAGGCAGGGAGAUGGAGUGAUAGUGAGGAGGAAGAGAACAAGGAGAAGAUAACAAAGGCUCAGAGAGAGGAGGAAUCAGGGAGUGAGGAAGAGGAGGGUAGGAGAAGGAAGCCAGGAACGAAGAAGGCGGAGCUGGAGAGGAAGAAGAGGAGAACGAAGGCCCAGAGUGAGGAGGAAUCGGGGAGUGAGUUGGAGGAGGAAGAGGAGGGUAGGAGCCGGAAGCCGGCGGGGAAGACGGGAACGAAGAAGGUGGAGCGGAGGAGUGAUAGCGAGGCUGAGGAAGUGGGCAGCAGGAAGAAGAGGAGGACGAAGGCCCAGAGUGAGGAGGAAUCAGGGAGCGAGGAGGAGGAGGGUGCGAGCAGGAAGGAGACAGGGAAGAAGGGAAGGAGGAAGGCCGAGCGGGGCAGCGAGAGCGAGGAGGAGGAGGGAAAGGUGCAGGCGAGGCAGAGAGGCAGCUCUGAGACAGAUGAAGACUCUUCGUCAUCGUCCUCCGCACAGGAUGAGAACAGCCCUAACCCAGGCUCCCGGCGCGAGAAGGGAAAGGCGCCGGGCAGCAGGGGGCUGGCCCGGCAGAGGAGCACCCGGCCGUGCGGCGGCUGAAAGCGCUACAUCCUGGCCUGUGGGGUGCGGGGAACUACAAGAAGCUG